UCCUCUUGUCCAAAUCAGGAAUGUAAUGUUACAAAUGGACACUGCAUACAAACAUGUCACUGGACGAAAUAUGGUCAGUUCUGUAACAAAAUGUGCAAUAACACUUGUGCAAAGAACCACACAAGCCAUGUGUGUGAUUCAAAAGAUGGGAGAUGUUUACAUGGAUGCAUCAAAGGAUUUUACGGAUCGCAUUGUGAACACUCCUGUUCAGACAUUGACCUACAUUGCGAACAAUGCGUAGGGCGAGGAGAUGUUUAUGAAACAUGUUUCAAAUGUCAAGGUGGAUUUGAAAAAGACAGUCUUACAUUAAAAUGUUCAAACGAAAGCAAAAUUGAUCCAACUUCUGCAACAACAAAAUCAUCAAUGACCUCCAACCACUCACAUCUUAGUGAAGAAACAAGACCUUCUGAAGAAACACAAAAGGACGCGACUUUUCUGAUAACAACUGCGUGUUCAUCUGUUGGGUCCUCGUUGUUAUCUGUGACGGGCUUCAGUGUGAUCGCUUAUAUGUGCUACAAAAAAAGAAAGCGUAGAAUGGUUACAUCGGCUCCUUCAGGGGACGACGCGGCUCAAUAUGAUUACAUAUCUUCAAUAUAUGACUACAUACCAGGUGAAAGCCUACAACCACACGAGGAGGUACAAGUAAACAUUGAACAAUCAAAGUAUGAAGACGUUUGUGAUGAAGUAGAACUCGGUGAACUUGUAGGUGCUGAUUAUCUUACGGUUGUGGGUGAAAAUUAUUAUGCGGAAGUAAAUGAUAUUGAACCACCAGCGGAAAUACAGGACAGGGACAUUGCAGCUGAAGCACAAAUGCACCCUUAAACAAGAAGGAGGAUAUCUAUAUAAUGUGCAGAAAACAAGCAGAUCAAGAUAAUUAUCAGAAACUGAUACAAAUGUUCUUAAUUUAUAUAUGAAACUCAUUGAUGAAACCGCAUUCUGUGUUUUGCUGAAUUUUCACCAGCUUUGCUAGAGAGCGUAGAACAAUUUUGGUUGUUUCGGA